UGGUGCAAUCAGACAACCAAUGAAAGUGCCUGAUGGAGACACCUUCCUAUUUUGUGGUGACAAGCAGAAGAGGACGCUGAAUGAAUUAGUGUCACCAAACAGUGUAAAGUCAGAGACCAGAAGACACCCUCUGGAGAUGGCUGAAGGGGAUCAGAAUGAGACGUCACAACAAACCUCAGUGAGCGAUGAAGAGGAAGAGAUGGUGAACCAGACUUCCCCCUCUGUUAUUGAGAUACAUGACUCUACAAACGAAUGCGAGGAAGAAGUGAGACCCAGUAUGGUGCAAGUGGAAGAAAAGUCUUUUGUAUCAAGACUUCACUCUUUUAUGAAGAACAGAGGCACACCAAUCGAAAGAAUCCCACACCUGGGUUUUAAGCAAAGUUCUCAUGCUUGUCUCUCACAUACAGUUAAUCUUUGGAGGAUCUACAAAGCUGUGGAGAAACUCGGGGGCUAUGAUUCUGUGACAGCAAGGCGUCUUUGGAAGAAAGUAUACGAUGAACUGGGAGGAAGUCCAGGCAGCACCAGUGCAGCUACUUGCACUCGCAGACACUAUGAGAGGUUGGUUCUGCCCUUUGAAAGACACAUAAAAGGAGAGGAAGACAAACCUCUGCCUCCCAGCAAACCAAGGAAACCAUAUAAGAGGAAUGUGGAUAGUAAAGUGAACAAGGCUGAGGGGAAGAGGAAAAGAACUCAGUCAGACAGAGAGAUGGAUUCGGAGGUACUCACCCAGAGGAGGCCGGAUGCUGUUUGCCAGAGUGAAACAGGGAUGCACACUCUCUCCUCUUUGUGGACUGCCACUUCUGACAAACAUCACUCAGACUGUUCUCAACCAAACAGAACAUCCACAGACCUUUGCACCACUGUAUAUGCAUGUCCCCACCUUUUGCAGGUCCCCACAACAAACCCCUGGACUGCUCAUAUUCCAUCUGCCACUGGAGAGGUCAUAUCUCCACUAGAGAAGAAAAAAAGACUGGCUCAGGCUAGUCUUAACUUACCGCUCAGCCCACAAGGAGAGGAUAAAGAACGGCCCUCUGUCAUCCACUGCUCCCAGUCUCCGGUCCCGGCUUCUUCUACCAGGAACUGCAACUCUUCCGAUGGCUCUCCACACCCUUUAUCCUCAUCCUCCUCCCGCAGUCCCUCCCCCCUCUCGGUUUCAUCAGAGGACAGUCCAACAAGUAAUCAGGAUAAGCCUCCGUCAAGUUUAGACUUAUCUCAAAACUGUUCCAGCUCUGUUAAAAAUCCAUCCAGCUGGAGUGAGGACAAGAGUCUGAGUCAGAUAUCCAAAGAGCCUACAGGGCAGAAUAAAGACAUUUCUCUCGUCAACUCCCGAUCACUGACAGCAGAAGUGAUGAAAAGCCAGAUUAAAAAUACUGCCUGGACACCAAUUCACAAAGGGGCUGUCACACAUUUUAGACCUCCUAUCCACUCAUCAUCAUCUUACACUGAAAAACCUUACUGGGCUCCAACAUCUACCUCAAGUUUCACAACAGUUAUUCCAAAAUCUGUGCAACUUUUGCGUCCUGCUCCUAUUCGGCCAGGUUAUAAAGAACACCAGAGCAGGUUGACCCAGCAGGAUGAGACCUUGACAUGCACAAAGAAGCUGAACAACGUGUCUCCAAGGCUUUACCAGACAGAGAAGUGGGACAAAUCCAGAACAAUGUUAUCCAGAGUCCCCCCGUCUCAGCAGAGUCUGUCUCCUUCUAACACCACGUUACCCACAUCCUGUGUCCUGUCUGGCUAUGACAAAUCAAGCCGAGACACUCGACAUCAGCCUCCGUUCCACCCCGGAUUUCACCCAGGCAGAAUGAGACUACCUCAGGCCCAACUAAUGUACCGUCAUUUCCCAGUGAGUCCAGCUCACUCUGCUCUCAUUGGGUCUGUGGGUUAUCCAUAUCCCUACCCCAUCCCAGUGUUAAGUGCCCAAACUGGAUAUGCCCUGCCUACAAUGAUGCCUAUUUAUCCUCAUAAACUGUGAUUCUUUGUAUCUCAUC